CACAAUCGCAAUAUGGCGUAGAAGGUAUGCGUAUGUAGCUACCGACCUGAGCCGGUAUCAAGAAACUAAAACUCGAAUAUUCCCAAAAUCUCUCAUUUUUUGGCUCCGUAAUAAACCCCGAUCUAAAACUCAAUCAAACCUAAAAACAGUGCAAUAAUCGCAAUACGAACCAUGCCUUACGCAAACGUCAACUCCAAGACGCUGUUCUUCACGCUCAGCCCUUCCCAAUCAUCCACGGCUUCCCCACUGACGGUCCUCUUCGUCCACGGACUAGGCUCCUCUUCAUCCUUCUUCCAACCCCUCGUGCCGUCCCUAACCAGCCAGGGCUACCAGUGCCUAACAGUCGACACACAUGGCUCCGGAUUAUCACCCUAUACUGGCCAUGGAAACACCACCGCUUCCAUCGCCGCUGACGCUAUCGCCCUUCUCGAUUCCCAAGGAAUCACAGAAAAUGUCGUCGUGGUAGGUCACAGCAUGGGCGGUAUUGUUGCGUCUCUUCUCGCUGCGGAAGACUCCGCGAGCAAGCAGCAGCGAUUCAAAGCUAUCGUCUUGAUAGGGCCUGUGAACCCGAAUCCUGGCGCUGCAGAGGUAUUUGGGAAACGCAUUAGCAUCGUUGAGAAAGAUGGUAUGGAGCCCCUUGCCGCCAGUAUCCCAACCACAGCCACGGGCAGCAAAUCUACGCCUCUCGUACACGCUUUUAUUCGCUCUCUACUUCUCGGGAUUUCGCCAGCAGGUUACAUAUCACUCUGCCAAGCAAUUGCAGAAAGCGCCGUCCCAGCAUACGAGAGCAUCAAAGUGCCUCUGCUGGUUAUUGCAGGGGCAGAGGAUAAGAGUGCGCCCAUGGACGGAAUUAUUCACAUAAUGGAGAAUUAUGCUAGCACUAAGAAGGAACUCCGAACUCUUGAGGGGGUAGGGCACUGGCACGUUUUGGAGGCAUUUUCAGAGGUGCAAGAGAUUAUCGGAGGCUUUUUGAAGGAGUUGCAGAGUUUAAAAUAAAUAAAGCUAAGAUAGACACGCUCACGAUUACGUUGUC